CCAGUUGAGGACUAUCGUCUCAGAUUUGGAAAUGCUGGAUCUGAUGCUAAUGUAAACUAAAAUAGAUCUAAAAUAUAAGUAAACAAAUGAGGGCGUUAGUUUUAAAAUGGCAUUUCCAGACUUGGUUUUAUAGCUUUGCGCUGAGCUGCUCGUGAUGAAAGCGCAUGCAUUAAAAAACGCAGUCAAUGUCGCUACGCGUUUUGUUUUGCUGGAUUCUCCCGGAAAUCCGGAUUGAACGGAGGAAAUUGACAGCGUUAGUAGGAAUGGCCGCUAUGGUCACUCGAGGAAGGAACCAGAAGAGCCCGAAACUUUACUUCCAACGGGCCCGCUGAGGAGUUGAACUUUGACGAAGCGCACGAACCAUUUUCUUGCAGUGGACGAAAGACGGCGUCUUUUGACGUGGUAUACUUAGGAUCGGCUCGCAUGCUUGGAUCGCCGUUACAAGUGUCGCCGAGUUAGACUGAAUGUAGCCGCUAGCCAGCUGUUGGCUCCCUUGCUUGGCUGGCCCAACAAGUUAACUAAGUGAAUAACUGCAUUAAAGCAUUCGCCGAUCGCCGUUAAAUGGUGAUCGCCGAUCGUAGCAAUAACUAAUAUUUGGCGACAGUAGAGCGAGAAGCGUCGCGGGGUACCAGAUUGUCAUUGCGAUUUGAGAAUAUAAUUGGUGCUAAUCUUAACGCUAGCUCCAAAGCUAGCUAAGUUGUGAUCCUGAAGUAUCGCCCAUUUUCGGAUCCUGCCCCAGCUACUGGCUUGGGGGCUAAUCAACAGCUCGUCAGUCUGCUUUUAAGGUGGCAUCUAUAGUACGAUGGAAAGUCUAACGUUGAGUGAUGUCGAGCAGAAAUAUUACUCCGAUUUGUUCGUUUACUGCGACACGGACAACACUAAAAAACUGGCUUCUUACGGGAGAGUUCUUGACCUUUUCCGGGCGGCCCAGCUCCCCAGCGAAGUUGUCAUACAGAUCACAGAGUUGUGUGGAGCCACUCGGCUGGGUCACUUUGGACGAAGCCAGUUCUACAUCGCCCUAAAGCUGAUUGCCAUCGCCCAGUCAGGCCUGCCGCUCAGAGUAGAAAGCCUCAACUCAGUCAAGGACCUGCCGCUGCCCAGGUUUGUGGUGGGGAAGAAUGAGGCGGAGGUGAGACACGUGGCGCUUUACCAGGACCCGGACAGUCAGGGGUUGUACCCCGCCUCCGCAGCUGCGUUAAUACCAAGGCCGCCAGGCAGGGGUCACCCGAACAAGAAGGUCCCCCCCUCAGCUAGCGCCCAUCCUCUCCACGAGGCAGUUCAGCCCACAGCACCGAGCGUAGAAACACAGCAGGCAGAACCCACAUCCCCCGUGGUCUCCCCUCAUCAGUCCCCACCCUCCUCCCCGCCUUCCUGGAGGAAACACAAACGGCAGCACAGUGGCGGAAACGCAGACAGACAACCGGUGGCGGCACCGACCGGAGUCGUGUGGACGCAAUUCCGGGAGCAACAAACUGCUCCUGUGUCAGGUGACGGAUUGUGGUCAUCGCACUCGCCCCCUCUUCCGGGUCAGGAAAGUUGGGUCAGUUUCACGGCUGAUACGCCGCCAUCAAGCACAGUCCCCGGAGCGCACCCGUCGUCCGUACAGGAAAGCACAACGAUACGAACAACGAUGGCCCCGCCAGCAGCAGCAGCAGCAGCAGCAACUACUACUGAGGUCCAGCGACAGUCCAGUGGCUACGAUGAUCCCUGGAAGAUCACCGACGAACAGAGACAGUAUUAUAUCAACCAGUUCAAAAGCAUUCAGCCUGACCUGACUGGUUUCAUACCAGGUUCAGCAGCAAAAGAGUUCUUCACCAAGUCCAAAUUGCCCAUUUUAGAGCUGUCGCAUAUUUGGGAGCUCUCCGACUUCGACAAAGACGGCGCGCUAACCCUGGAUGAAUUCUGCGCCGCGUUUCACUUGGUAGUAGCCCGGAAGAAUGGCUACGAUCUCCCCGAGAAGCUGCCCGAGAGCUUAAUGCCAAAGCUGAUUGACCUCGAUGACUCAGCAGGUGGGCGGCUUCACACCGUUGCGUUUCGUCCCUUUGACCUUGGACCGCACUCGACGUCAAAAGUUUACUUUGUGCUCUCCUUCACCGGUACGCGCUUAUCGCAAGCAGAAGUGCCGGAGCCAACCGCUGACGUCGGGUUCUCGGCCUCCCCCGCCGAGGUGACGCCCAACAAGUCCCCCUCCAUGCCCUCGCUCAACCAGGCUUGGCCGGAGAUGAACCAGAGCAACGAGCAAUGGGAGACGUUUAGCGAGCGCUCCUCCAGCUCACAAACUCUGACCCAAUUUGACUCUAACAUUGCACCAGCUGACCCUGACACAGCCAUCGUCCACCCUGUUCCUAUCCGGAUGACCCCCAGUAAGAUCCACAUGCAGGAGAUGGAGCUCAAGAGGACUGGCAGCGAUCACAAUCAUCCGACCAGUCCAAUACUGACCAAGCCACCAGAAGUGUCCGAAGAAGUCAAACUACCGGUGCCUGCCACCAUGAAGUUUGUACCAGCAAAUGCCGUAGGUGAUGGUUACAGCAGUUCUGAUUCAUUCACCUCUGACCAGGAGCCAGUCGCAAGACAAAGGUCUCAGUCGGGCGCAUCUCCGGAAGCUCUGAAAGUGGUGGCGCCGCCUCCCCCUCCCCCCCGGCCUCACCCGUCCCACUCCCGCUCCUCGUCGUUGGACAUGAACCGCAAUUUCGCCGCAGCGUCAGCCGGCGGACAGCCGCAGCCCGCCGCCAUCGCUUUCCCGCCCGCAGUGCCUCCUCGACCGCUUCCUACACAGUCAUCGGUGCCGCACGCGGGACAACGCGCCGAGGCUGAGGGUGCGUCGGGAGCGGGGGCCCCACUCACCACCACGUCCCCCCAGCAGAUUCCGCAGCAACCCAAUUUCGCCGACUUCAGUCACUUUCAGGCCUUUGCUGCAUCUGAGCAACCUUCGAGCUUGCCGGAGGUCGACAAGCACAGCGAUCCUGGACAGGGGGACAAGUCAUCAGACGGAGCCGGGCCCCUGAGAACAGUCAAGAGUGACGGCCAAGCCGAUGAAAGAACGACCACCGCCGGUCACUCUACCAAGGGUUCAUCUGGCCCUUUAGCUCCUCCUCCCAAGCCUAUUCGUCGCAGGUUGAAGUCUGAGGAUGAGUUGCGGCCCGAGGACGAGCAGCACGGCCCACAGAAGUCCAACAUCAUAGCCGCCGCCAUGGCUACUCAGCCCUCGAUCCCCAGGUCAGUAGGGAAGGACAAAAAGGCAAUACAAGCGUCGAUCAGAAGAAACAAGGAAACAAACACGGUGUUGGCAAGACUAAAUAGUGAACUGCAACAACAGUUGAAGGACCUACUUGAAGAGAGGAUCUCUUUGGAAGUGCAGCUGGAACAGCUCAGACCUUUUUCCCACCUUUAACCAUCACCAAUGAGGUGGUGGUAGUUUCUCCAAAGCAAGGCUGCACCCUUGGUGGCAUUCAGCCCCAGCCCACCCAACCAUCCUUCCUUUCCCCCCCCUCCUUCUCAUCCGCAGCGCGCACCUCCUCAAAGCCCACACUUGCUUAUCGGGUGUACAGCGGAGCCAGCCGGGAGCGCCGUGAGAGCGCGAGAAGACGACGACAAUGUGGCACUUUUUCAAUUUUCUCCGAAGAGAGAUGAACCCGUGGCCGACAGCUGAGGGGGGGGGGGGGGGGGCGUGUUGGACAUUUGGCUGCAGCUACGAGUUCUGUCUGAAGAGAUAACUGCUAGGCGAAUGAAUGCGCGUGUGAAUCUGUUUUCGUUCAGUGUCUGGAUGCUCGUCAACACACCCGGUCAACAGUUGAAAGAGUUGUUUAGCCAAAUCUAACCAGAACAUCGGACACCCGUAAUCAAUAUUUUCAAACCGUCUAUGAUCACAGCCGUUGAAACAUUUUCGGACUUGUCGUGGCCUCUGGGAAACUCGUGUUGGUGCGCGCUUGUUGGAAUGGAUUCCAAUUUAUGCCAAAUGACUGAAUUACCACUGCUGUCUCCCCUUUUAUUCUGUGUUAUUUUCCAUCCUUUUCCCUCCCCGUCACCUCUUUUUUUUUUUUUUUCCUUUUUAAGCCCCCCUUUGAUUGCACCAUUCUGUUCCAGUCUCCUUUAACGCCAAAGGAGCGUUGAAGUGAAUCCCAGCUCCAUGAGAGGUGGCAUUUAUGAAGGACUCGCGAUGAGAAGUUUUCCCUUUCGGCACCGGUCCAAGAGUUGAUAUCUCCAGUCAUCUUGCCCGAUGACGCACUAUGCAAGUUCAGGGGCGAUACGCGGGGGGGCCACAGUUUGAGCGCAGAAAUAGUAGCGACUUUGUCUUUGUAUCUCGGAUCUUCCAGAACACAAUCUACUGUAAAUGCUACAAGAGGGAAGCGAAUCCACAUCAGUGUUUCUGCACUUUCAGACUAAAUCCGUAUUAGAGGGAGAAAAAAAAAAGUUAUCUUAACAAGACUAGAGACCAGUUACCACAGCGUGAAUGAUCCCACUGCACUUUGAACUGCAAACCCUCCGUCUGGCUUUUAUGAGUUACUUUUUUUUUCAUCUUUUAAACUGUCAGAAGUAUUAAAGUCAUCAAUCUAUUCUAAAUUGUCGCCGAGAAAAAGUGCGGUUCGUGCCAUCCCAAAAUAGCUUCUUGUUUAGCUGAUUGUUAAUUUUUAUGAUCACUGUGUCUAUGGCCUUAUUCUUAACUCUCCCUGCCUGAAGUUCAGGUUUCCAUGGUGACUGACUGACCACCUUGUUGCAACAAGGCUCGCCUUUUUUUUCUUUCUUUGGUUUGUACGAAUGUGUGUGUGUGUGUGUGUGUGUUAGCGUUGCCACACCUGGAGCUGAUAGCUUUGAAUCCCCCCUUUUCUAAAAAAAAAAAAAAAACAUCAUGGGAUGGAUUAGCGCUUGCCAGAUGAAAAGCACUCGCCGUCCCGAAUGGCAAUCCAGGCAGAAGCAACCUGUCGGAAACAAAAAAACAAAAUCUCUGGUGGGAUUUUGAAUGCCAUUUGCUUCCAGAUCUGUGUUGUACAUUGUAUCUGACACACACCCACCCCCCCCUUUUUUUUUGGAACUUGUGUACAUUUGCAUUCAUUGCUGACUAACAGCGAAAUAAUAUUCUAUUUAAUUCCUUCUCUCUUUGGCUGUGGGAUCCUAGAUGUUCAAACUGCAUGGAUGUACUGUAUCUCUGCAGAGUCGACUAGCAGCUGUGUGGUUUUUACACAAAAAAAUAAAAACGGCACAAUAUUUUAAAACGCC